AAAGUUUUUACCAUUAUUUUACUUUGAAGGUGAAAUGGACAGUUUAAAGUUGAAGGCUGAACAGUUAAAUGGUUGGGAUAUCUCUUACUUAAAGUUCUGUUGUAAGGUUCAAGGGAUAAGGAAUGAAUUGUUUACCAGUGAGACUUGUUUAGUGAUUAGUUUAACAGACAUUAAAAGUUAUUUUCCACUGGGAACGGAAUUUGAAGAAUAUUGGCCUAACAAAGUUGUCGACUCUCAGCUCUUUAACUCUACUAUGGGUUUGGUAUCAGGAGGAUGUCAAUGGAUAAAGGCGCCACCCGCGCCGCCACUGAGGGAAGAAAGUGGCCUGUUUCCGGAUACCACAAUACAGAUGGCGAUGGACCAGCAGCCCACACCUUUCGUGAGGAGUACGGCCAACACAACAACCAUGAAGUGAGAAUAUUG